AUUUUAACCUCAAUAUGAGUUACAAUAAAAAGGUAUCGUAUUUCUAUAAUCCAGACGUUGGGAAUUUUCAUUAUGGUCCAGGACAUCCCAUGAAACCUCAUAGACUUUCUGUAAUUCAUAGCUUGGUACUCAACUAUGGUUUACACAAAAAAAUGCAGAUAUAUCGUCCAUACCGUGCGAGUACGCAUGAUAUGUGUCGCUUCCAUUCAGACGAGUACGUAGAAUUUUUACAGAGAGUGACACCUCAAAAUUUGCAAGGAUAUACCAAAUAUUUAAGUCAUUUCAACGUAGGAGACGAUUGUCCUGUUUUUGAGGGGUUAUUCGAUUUUUGCUCAAUGUAUACCGGUGCUUCAUUGGAAGGAGCCACAAAGUUAAACAACAAUUGUUGCGACAUUGCUAUUAAUUGGAGCGGAGGACUGCAUCAUGCAAAGAAAUUUGAAGCCUCUGGUUUCUGUUACAUUAACGAUAUCGUGAUCGCGAUACUGGAGCUAUUGAAAUAUCACGCAAGAGUUCUUUAUAUAGACAUAGAUGUUCAUCACGGGGAUGGAGUUCAAGAAGCAUUCUACCUCACGGAUAGAGUUAUGACAGUAUCUUUCCAUAAAUAUGGAAAUUACUUUUUUCCUGGCACAGGCGAUAUGUACGAAAUAGGAGCAGAAAGCGGAAGAUAUUACUCUGUCAAUGUACCUUUAAAAGAGGGCAUCGACGAUACGUCUUAUGUUCAAGUAUUCAAACCAGUUAUAUCGCAUGUAAUGGAAUUUUUUCAACCAACAGCUAUUGUCUUACAAUGCGGGGCAGAUUCUCUCGCGAAUGAUCGUCUUGGUUGCUUUAGUUUAAGUACGAAAGGUCACGGAGAAUGCGUAAAAUUUGUAAGAGACUUAAACAUACCACUACUCACUGUAGGUGGAGGGGGAUAUACGCUGCGUAACGUCGCACGUUGCUGGACUUACGAAACGUCUCUUCUCGUCGAUGAACAGAUUAGCAACGAAUUGCCGUAUACGGAGUACUUGGAAUACUUUGCACCAGAUUUCACGUUGCAUCCUGAUGUUGUAACAAGACAAGACAAUGCAAACAGUAAACAAUAUUUGGAGGCGAUUACGAGACACGUCUAUGACAAUUUAAAGAUGAUACAACAUUCUCCAAGCGUUCAAAUGCAAGAUGUUCCAUGCGAUGCUCUACCGCCCGAAGAAGAAAGACAACCAGAACCAGAUCCAGACUCUAGGCAAAAUACGCAAGACACGGAUAAAACAGUUGAACCAGCUAACGAAUAUUAUUCGGGAGAUAAAGACCAAGACAAGAUGGAUGUAAGCGAGUCGUGAUAAAGGAAUAGAUAAGUUAAAUAAUAACAGUAACAUUAUACGAGGAAGUUGAGGUACGUGUGCAUUUGCACAAUUAUGAAAAAAAGAAGAAAAAGAAAAGAAAAAAAAAAUACGAGAAACUAAUUUCUCUCGCGAAACGAAUAAUUGUAAAUAAUAUAUCCGAAUUGU